AUGUCGGUGGAACAUAUGAAGUCCAACUUGAGUGGGUUUGGCUCUUCGGUCAAGCACCAUGCGGAUUCUGCAUUGAAAACUACUGGAUCCACUUUGAAACAUACCGGAUCAACUUUGAAAUCUGGUGGAGCAUCAGUCAAGAAGGGCCUUGAGCAACGAAUCCAUAAAAACGAUGAAGAUUUGAUUGAGCAUUAUCGUCAGGAUAUAAAACGCACCUCGAAGGCAUUGAAGUAUCUUCGUAAGCAAUCGGAGCAGGUUGCCAAACAUCAUUGGCCCCGGGUUUUCAAGGCUAAUAUAACUAUUACUAGCCAAUUUCUAGAAGUGAUUGGGGAAGAUUCACUUCAAUUCGAGGGAAUUGAAGAGUACUAUCAUGAGUUUGAUCUUUUGCAAACAGAAACCGAAGUCCCCAUUGUCCAUCCAAAGGAACGUCAAGUGACAAUAUCCAGUGUUCAUCAUGAAUUAACAAACUAUCUUCAGUCUUUGAAAUUCUUGGAGAUGAAGAUUCUUAAUGAAGCAACCUGGCAUGCUAAGUCAAUUGGCUUGAGAAUAGAACAAAUGAAUAAGCACUUACGGGACAUGUUGAAACUAAUUAAAAAGAGAAAUGAAAAGAAGUCUCAUUAUGAUAAAAUCCAUAAACGAAUUAAUAAGCUAAUGAAAAAAUCAUCUCCAUUAGAUGAAAAAGAACAGAAGGAAAUGAGUAACUUAGACUCUGAGUUGAAGGUUGCUUCCAAAGAAUUUACCACCUUAGACGAUAAGUUGAAAUCUAUUUUACCCCAUGCAUUUUCAUUCUUGGAGGAGUUCAUUGAAAACCUUACUCAGAUGAUUGUCCUAAAACAAUUGGACAUCUUCAAAGAGAUUGAUUCAACUUUGAGAUAUUUCUCUAUAUUUCAUGGGUUUACGAAUUUGAAAUAUCAGGAUCAUAAAGAUGAUUUGAUCCUGACGUAUGACGCAAUUGUUAACCAAUGGGAAACGGUAAUGACCCCUACCAAACUCCAAUUAGAGUCCUUCAUUACCAUUGUUAAUAACAAAAACCCUGACUUAAUCGAUGAAGAAAUUAAUGACGAGAAGAAAACUCUGGCAUCAGAAAAAUUCUUAUCUAAAAUGAAUUCCAAGUGGAAUGAUAGAUCUCAUAAAUUAAAACCAAAAGACGAAGCAAAUGGUGUAUUCGCCGAUUACCUUACUGCUGAUCCUUUGGAUAGCUUCUUAAAGUAUGAAAACCCUAAUUACAAUCGAUCUGAAACCUACCAUCCCUCUAGAGUUUUACUGAUUGAUGAGGUAGUUGUACCAGCUCCAAUUUCUCCAAAAGCACCACCAUUACCUCCCAGAUCAAACACUGCUGAUACUGCUAAAGCUUUACCUGCUAUUCCUGGUAGACAAGCUAAUGACCCACUUCCUCCAUUGCCUCCAAGAAAACUGGGGAGUUCUUUACCACCAACUCCAAAACUCUCUCUCUCCAGAAAAGAUUCUUCUGAUUCGUUCGAGUCGAUUCGAUCUGACGAUCUGGAUUCAUCUAUCCUCUCUGAUGACUCGUCCAAUCCUUCGACUUUGAACAGUACGGUUUUACUCGAAAAUUCAUCUCCUGAUUUGGUUAAUAAAUCCAUUAUUAAAGUUUAUAAUUCUGCUAAAAAUGAAAUAAAAGAAGCACCAAUUACUAGCACAAAUCCAGUUUAUGAUCAUAUAACUCCAAAUCAUAGUGAUCUUUUCGAAAAGACUUCUUCCAUUACUUAUAGAUUGAAUCAUGUUAACUCAUUUUUCGACAAACUCAUCACUAUUUCCAAUUCUGCAUCAGUCCAACGAGAGGUUCUCGAAGCCAAAUACGAUUUCAAAGGCGAUGAGCCGGGAGAUAUGUCUUUUAAAAAAGGGGAAAAGAUUGAAAUCUUAUUUGAUUUCCAAUUGGUGGAUACCUUAUACAGUCGUGAUAAUAAAAACUGGAUGAUUGGUUAUAUUCCUUCCGAGGAAUCGCCUAGAGUUGGCUUUGUUCCUAAUAAUUAUUUUUAAACGUCUUGACGCUGUAUAUAUAUUCUUAUGUAUUUUAAUAUACCUAAUCU